AUGGAAGUGAGGUGCCUCUGGGCGCCCCCGCUCCUGGCCCUGAGCGUGCUCCUGCCGGCAGGCCUCCUGCACGUGGACGUCGGCAUGCUCACGCCCCUGCUUGGGGACCGGGCUGCGGGGCCCCUCACCAACAUCAUGUCCCUCAAGACGCAGACGAUGGCGAGCAGCUCGGUGCUCAGCACCCUCCACCGCUUUGCCGAGGCGCGCGGCCUGCCGGUGGCGCCGCCCGCGGGCUGCUUCCACCCGGGCUGCCCUUGGCUCUUCCUGGCGCGCUACGUGGAGGGCGUGGAGCCAGACAGCCCACAGCAGCGCUUCAACAUCGUGUGCAACCACCUGAGGUCCAGCCCGCCCGAGGUGCAGAAAGUGAUGCUGAACGACACGUUCCACUUUUCCAUCCUCAGAAACCCCGUCUUCCAGCUGGAGUCCUCCUUCACCUACUGCAGAAGCUCCGUGCCCGCCUUCAGGGCCGCGCCGAGCUUGGCCGCCUUCCUGGCCGCCCCCCACACCUACUACAACCAGAGCCUGGGCCUGCGCAACGCCUACGCCAGGAAUCACCUGUGGUUCGACCCGGGCUUCGACCCCGACGCGCCGGCCGCGGAGGGCUCUGUGCGGCGCCUGGCGGAGGUGCAGCAGCGCUUCCAGCUUGUGCUCCUUGCCGAGCACUUCGACGCGUCCGUGGGGCCCCUGCGGCGCCGGCUGCGCUGGCGGGUGGACGGCGGCGUCUCCUUCAGGCUCAACUCGCGCAGCCAGCGCAGCAUCGCCCGCCUGAGGCCCGAGGACCAGGACCGUGCCAAGCGCUGGUGCGCCCCGGACUGGCGCCUCUACCAGCCCUUCAACCGCACCUUUGGGGCCUCGGCGCACGCCGAGCUGGGCCCGCGGCGGCUGCGCGCAGAGGUGGCGCGGUUGCGGGCGUGGCGGUGCGAGCUCAUGGCCCGGUGCCUGCAGGACGGUGUGCCCAAGAACGAGCCGCAGGUCACCGACCGACAGCUGAGCCCCUACCGGUCAGGCGAGGCCGACGUCCUGGGCUACAGCCUCAGGCGGGGCCUGGACAACGGGACGCUGAGCAUGUGCCAGGGGGUGGCGGUGCCCGAGCUCCAGCACGGGGCCCCCCUGUACUCCCCGCAGUUCCCCGAGAAGCCCCCCAAGGACAUCGCCUUCCUGGGGGCAUAG